UGAACCCCGGCUUAGACAAUGAGGGGUGGGACAAAACUGUAUAUUUUAAAAAUCUGUAAUCUAACCCAUAAAUCAAGAACAUUGCUCAAAGUUUGCUUUACACUUAUCGAGAUGGAGUCGUCAGGAGUCGAUCAGGGAAUGUUUAUUUCCAAGCGGAAGAAGACUGUUUCUUCUCCGAGAAGCAGUUUCUUGUUUUCGGUUUAUCAGCUCGAGAUUUGACUGGAGAUAUAUGCCACGACUCGAUAUGUUCUGCAUUACGGCGAACUACGCAAUAUUUCGCUUGAGGAAAUAGGACUGAUCGGACUAGGGGUGAAUGAAAACUGAACUGUAAUAAGUUUAACUAUAGAGUUUACACCGAGAGUACCAGGAUGUGGAAAAAGUUAAGGAUCCAGCACAUCUGGAUAUGACUUGCGCCGCUGAUUUCACUCGCUGUUAGGAUAUAAUAGUUUUAUGUUUUGAGUAAUGAGAGACGAGUUUCAUAAGUAGAUGAAGUUUGAUAAACUUAAUUCGUGAGUGAGCGCAAGACGAAAAUCAGACAUGAAGGCUUCUGAGAUGCUCGCUGUACUGUUUGUUUUGGUGUAUUCAAGGAGUUACACAACUCUCGCAGAUCACGUUUUGACAGACUCUCCCCCAGGGAAUGGCGAGGAGGGCAAAUUACAGUGCAGCUGUGAGAACACAUAUGCCUGUGUAAACAACACCUGCAGGGGCCAUAUUUGCUUCUACACUUUGGUACAUGAGCGGGUAGUCAGGGGCUGUUUUCCCACCAGCGAGCAGUGUCAUGUGCCUGAUGUACCUGGAUUGUAUUCCGAGUGCUGCUUGACAAACUUCUGCAAUGCAAACCUCAGUGUGCCUGAAAAAACAGUGGAAAAGCCCAUCAGAGUGAUUCUGCUGGUGGGAGUGCCGUUGUUGGUGCUGCUGGUAUUGUCGAUGGCAGCAUGUGGGCUCAUGUUGUGGCUGCGUACGAGGCGACAGCACCACCAGCUGGUGGAACACGACACCUCCAUGCUCAAAGUCCCCAGUGGAGGGGACCCAACAUAUGGGGACAUAUUUGAUGAGUUUUGUACGUCGGGCAGUGGGACCGGCCUGCCUUAUCUGGUACAGAGGACCAUGGCUCGACAGAUCUCUCUUGUUGAGUGUGUUGGUAAAGGGCGUUAUGGAGAGGUAUGGAGAGGCACCUGGAUGGGAGAAAGUGUGGCUGUCAAGAUUUUCUCCUCUCGUGAUGAGCAGUCCUGGUUUAGAGAGACUGAAAUCUACAACACGGUCCAACUAAGGCAUGAAAACAUCUUGGGCUUCAUAGCAUCAGACAUGACGUCUAAAAACUCCAGCACUCAGCUGUGGCUGGUCACGCACUUCCAUGAGUUGGGCUCCCUCUAUGACUUCCUGCAGUACAGCACGCUGGACCCCGAGGGCUGCCUUCGCAUGUGCCUGUCUAUCGCCAGCGGCCUUGUGCACCUCCACACCGAGAUCCUCAGUACGCAGGGCAAACCGGCCAUUGCACACCGAGACCUGAAGAGCCGCAAUAUUUUAGUGAAAAGAAAUGGCCAGUGCUGCAUUGCCGACCUGGGCCUGGCUGUCAUUCACUCUCAGUCUAAUGAUUAUCUGGAUGUGGGCAAUAACCCGAGGGUGGGCACCAAGCGUUAUAUGGCACCGGAGGUUUUGGACGAGAGUAUUCGUGUUGACGUUUUUGAGUCUUAUAAACAAACUGACAUCUGGGCCCUGGGUCUCGUCUUGUGGGAGAUAACUCGUCGAACUAUUGUAAACGGGAUUGUGGAGGAGUACAGACCGCCGUUCUUCGACAUGGUGCCCUCUGACCCUAGUUUUGAAGAGAUGAAGAAAGUGGUGUGUGUGGACCAACACAGGCCCAGUCUCCACAAUCGACUACACUCUCAUCCGAUCCUGUCUGCAGUUGCGAAGAUUAUGAAAGAAUGUUGGUUCCAAAGUCCUUCAGCUCGACUCACUGCUCUGCGUGUGCGCAAGACCCUCUCCAAACUGGACCAGGACCAUGACUACGACAUCGACAAGCUCAAACUGGACCUCUAGAAUAAACCUCCUGCCAUGCAUAGCAAAGGAAGUUCAAUUCUAAUGGACACCCAUAUGACAUAUUCAUCCAUCUAAGUACUUUUAGACUCUUUUAAUGUGCCUUUCAAGCUUCUUGUCUUAAGGCUCCACUGAACAUGGCUUAUCUUAUCAUGACAUUAGUUCACUGUGGGAAGUUGAGGCCAUAACUGCACUGUUAAAUGUUUCUCCUCAAAUACAUCCACACGAAUGCUUUUCCAGGACCUGCAUAUUUCAACACCGUGACUCAUUUGUUACUGAAAUUAAAACAAGGUUGACGAACCCACAAAAUUCUUUUCAGUAUAGUGAGAGUGAGAAGGUUUUUUCAGGCAGGAUGUGGGUCAUUCUGGACUUCCGAACUGCGGUGUUUCCUGAAAUUCUUAACUUCCUAAACAUGACUGUAACCUAGAAAGGUUGGCACGUGCUUUAGACUGUUUGUUGCACUUAUUUUUUGUAGCUGUUUUUAGGUUCCAUGAAAGACUGGACCAUCUUUUUAAGAACUUGCACCAAGUAAUUAUUAAAACAGAGGACAUAUUAGUAUAGUGCACUUUUAUAAAUUGUUUAAUAUUUUUUACAAGAUCAAAAUUACAGUCACAUUACUCUAGCUGUACUAUAUCUUUUUUUAUAAUGUACAAUAUAAUUGCUUUUUCAAAAAUAAUCAUAAAAAAUUUGUAUACAAGUUCUUUUGCACAAAAUGUCUAUUGUUAUUUUCACUCCAAAUAACAGUAUUUAAGUAUUAAUAAACUUCAGGAUACUGAAGCAGACUUUGAAAUUUUCUCUGUACCAAAAGGGUCUUCAAAAACAAAACAAAAAUAUAAAUAUUAGAGCUCAAGCUCAUUUUUGUGGGGGAAACAAUAAAAUAAUGAUAACAUGUAUAUACAUGAUAAUGUGUAUAAACAAACAAACAAAUAAUUACAAAAAGCUAAAUUUCACUUAAAUGUGUCAUUGAACAUUAACAUGUAGUUUUGUCCACUAGAGGGCAUCAUUAAUUGCUCUUUUCUCCCCCAAAGUGUUUUUUUUCUCUCAGCACAGCAAACUGUGCCACAGCCUGAUCUGGUUAAUGAAUACAGGGUCACUUCAGAAGUCCUUAAGGAGAUAUAAGGGAUCUAUUUCCAUUUGCCUCAAACCAUUUCUUAUAAACCAUAAACAAUGUGUAUCCUGUCUUACAAGCCAUGCAAUCUCGCAAUUGUUAUAGAAUUGUUGUUCGGCAUGAGAGACACUAAAAGACCCGAUACCCUUCGGGAACUACCAAGACACACCUCGAUGUUGUUGAACAACAUUUCACGGAUACAAUACUGAAUGCAUCCUUCACUAUCAUGUUUCAGACAGACCUAUAUUUACCCGGUGCAAAUAGAUAUCUCACGUAUCUUAUUCAUAGAAACGAGACUGCCAAAUGGGUGUCUUUCCAGUAUAAAUCCCUUCCUACACACACCGACACGCAGAGAAGGCCAAAAGAGCAGAUGUUCCACUGAUUGAUGGAUAUUUAUAAGAUGUUUAUCUCCCUGUUUUUUUUCUUCCCCUGAGCCAAAGUUUCCCUUCAGCGUGUCGCGUUUGUCUUGCUGUCAGACUGCAUGGCGGAGUGAGAGGAUGGGCAUUGAUUUCUGUCUGCCUGUUUAUCUAUAUCUGCGCCCUCGCUAUAUCCAUCUGUGGAGGAGCACAGAGAGGGGGCUUUGCUGGAGAUAAUUCCCCAACUCUGCCUGUCCGGUCAGACAGAGAGAGGGUUAUUUUUAACAGGCGCACAGUGGCUGAGUAGAGUAUCAAUGCCCUGCUCUGGUAGGCCAGACUCUUCUGAAACGGUGUCCUUCUAUCAGCUGUGACAUUUUACACAGAGCGGACCCAUUCCACAUGCCUUUGUUUGGAAAACUGGGAUAUGAACGCCCUGCUGAAAUAUGUGGAUUGAUAAUUGAAAGAUAUGACCCUACUUUAUAGACAAUAGACAGCCAGGGGCCAGACUAGUAUGCAGUCUAGCAAAGGCAAAGAGGUUAAUGGUAACAAUAGAGGUUUAAGACUGCAGGCCGCAACUCUAAACGCUUUGUGUUUGACCUUUGCGUUGAGAGCAACUUGAAAGGAAUUUCAGUGUGUAAUUUGAUUAGGUCUUGUACAUCAUUCUUGACGUACCCAUACGGCUUAAUGCACUAACCGAGAGUCUCCUCGUGUCAUGUGGCCAUUAAGAGGACAAAUACUGAGUGCAUCAAAUGCCUCUUUAUUCCUCAAAAUUAAAAUCACAAGUUCUCCUCUGCCCUGCUAUUUAGAGGAAGUAAAUAUCCUGAGGUCCUGGCAGAAGCCAGAGCGCUCCUAUAAGAAUAUGUUUGACUUGUUUCCCUAAAGACGCAGUUUCCUUUUUCAUACUAGAUGAAGUCAAGAACUUAUUUUUUGUAAUCAGUGAUUUGUCAUGAGGGUCUGAGGUCUCUUAAGCUUAACUCAUGCUGUGGUUUUUGUGGGAGUCCUGAAUGCUUUUCGUGUUGCUCACAGGGGUUCUGUAAGCUCCUUUGGAUCACACACAUCGCACAAUGUGGGUCCAGCUCAAAAAGGUAACUUUGGCUCCGGAGUCAAAUUAUUAAUGCAGAGACUCUGGAGAAUAGCGAACCCCCUCCUGCUGGAUCACUACUAAGACGUGAAAAGCUGCAAAUGUGUCACUGCUUUCAAACACGUCAGACCUUAAGAUAUUCUCAUUCUCAUUAGUUUUUAAAAAUUGUAAUUUUCUUCCAAUUGCAACACUUUUUAAAUUUAAUAUAAAUAUUUGUAUUACAUUUUUAAAUAAAUAU